AUUUUAGUGAGUAUUGUUUUCGAUGGCUUCAUUGUAUAAAUUGAUUUCUGUAAAAUAUAAAUAUUCGAUUGUAAUCUUUUACAGGGCGUUCUUCUCUUUCUAAAGGACAACUAGGCUUAUGAUCUGGCAUCAUUAUUAUCUAUUCGUAAUCUUCACCCUCUUUACUUCACAGGUUUACUCUCGUUUUCCUGAUUCACCUUCCAUUGUAACCUAUUGGGGUCAGAACUCAAGAGGAACAGCCAACAGUCAGCGAUCGCUCGCUUCUUACUGUGACGGCAACACAGAUGUCGUCGUACUUGCUUUCCUUUAUAGUUUUAAAGACAAGGAUCUUCCCCAACUUAAUUUGGCUAAUUCAUGUGAUGGUGCCCGUUUUUCAGGAACCAAUCUUUUGCAAUGCCCCGAAGUAGGAAGAGAUAUAAAAAGUUGUCAAGACAAAGGCAAGAUAGUUCUCUUAUCACUGGGUGGUGCUGCAGGUGUUUAUGGUUUCUCUAAUGAUCAAAACGCUCGUGAUUUUGCUGAUACCUUAUGGAACACGUUUGGUGGUGGUAAGAGUAAGACAAGACCAUUUGGUGAUGCUGUGGUCGACGGGUUCGACCUGGACAUCGAAGGUGGUGGAUCUACCGGUUACGGAGCCUUGGUAAAACGUCUUCGAAGUCACUUUAAUAAGGACAAAUCCAAAAAGUAUUACAUCACAGGUGCUCCUCAAUGUCCUUUCCCUGAUGCCAUGCUGGGCCCUGCCUUAGAGGAAGUCGGGUUUGAUGCUGUGUUUGUUCAGUUUUAUAACAACUAUUGUUCCACCCUGAGCAGCAGCUUUAACUUUCAAACAUGGGAUCGUUGGGCAAGACAUUCUUCACCUAACAAAAAUAUCAAGGUGUUCUUGGGCCUACCAGGAUCAAGUGCUGCAGCCGGAAGUGGGUAUGUACCUUAUCGGUCUCUACCUCCUGUUGUCAACAAGCUGUAUACAACCUAUUCAAGUUUUGGUGGAAUUAUGCUGUGGGAUGCGUCAGCUGGCUAUGGUAACAGAGAUGUGUCUCCUAGUUACCAAGCGGCUAUUGCCAAAUUGGUGCAUGGUUUAGGCAAUGGUAAACCAUCUCAAACAACAUCAGCUGUUCAUUCGACCAAGACACAUACCAAGUCAUCCCAUAUCAGUACUAAAGCGUCACGUACCACAUCCAAAGCAUCUGCUGCUCCCACAACGACCUCUACGCCCUCCAAGCAUUGUGUAAAGGAAGGGGAGUCUUGUACUAAAGGCUUUGCAUGUUCUGGUCAUUCGUUCGCAACCUGUGUGAAUGGCAAAUGGCUCCUCCGGCCAUGUCCCAACAGCCUUACCUGUUUAUCUUCUACAGACGGUAGCUCCGUCUAUUGUGCCUUGGGCCACUCAACCUGUCCUCGUGAGAAUACUCUUCAGUCUUUGGGACAGACCGAACAAGUCCCGAUUGCCAAGCCAUAUGACAGCAGCAAGGUCACUGCUCAACUUUCUUUUGUUCAAUCCGACUCCCACAGUGGAUUCACAGCCACAAUAAACGCUCGCUGUCGAUCCCAGUGUCGGUCACAGCCGCUUGGAAGGAUCGUCAGGAUCCAGUUCAAAGUAGCCGAAGGUACCAGAAUCUCAAGCGUUCACAACGGCACUGUCACACAGCAAGGAAAUAUGGUCUCCAUAAAGUAUCAAAGCGCUGUAGAUAGGCCGAUGGCAGCAGUAGUUGAAAUGAAGGGUCAAUUACCUUCGUCUGGCGUGUUUGCAAGUCCAUCGAUGAUAAGGAUUUCAUAAUAAAGAGUUCUUUUUAUUUG